GCAGAACUUGUUGCUCGCUUCCCUGACCAAAGUAUGGCUGAUGAACUUACCUUCUACACCGGAUCGCAGCUGGCCGAGGUCCUCAAGGGGCAGACAGAUGGGAUUAAGUUGAUCUUCGGAACUGCGGAAGGUCGUGACCUCGUCUCCAAUAUGUAUGCGGAAUGGCCGCUCAACAGAUUAUUCUACCGUCAAAUGGAAGAAUUCAUUAGCCGGCUCGUUUCAAAAGUCGACAUGACUCAGGGCGCCAUCAAGGUUUUGGAGAUGGGGGCUGGUACAGGAGGAACGACUAAAUGGCUCGUUCCUCUGCUCGUGGAGUUGAACAUUCCAGUCGUGUACACCACGGAUCUCGCUCCGUCCUUUGUCGCUGCCGCUCGCAAGAGAUUUGGCAAGCAGUAUCCCUUCAUGAAAUUCAGGACACAUGAUAUUGAAAAGGUUUCGGCCGAUGAUCUUCUUGGCACGCAACACAUCAUCAUCGCCAGUAACGCUGUGCAUGCCACGCACAAUCUCAGGGUGUCUGCAAGUAAUAUCCGCAAGGCCCUACGACCUGACGGUGUCCUUAGAAUGCUCGAAAUGACAAGUACCAUGUAUUGGGUCGAUAUCACAUUCGGGCUGUUUGAGGGCUGGUGGUAUUUUGACGAUGAACGCACACAUGCUGUGACGCACGAGUCGCAGUGGGAGUGGAAGGUGAGUGAUGCUGAUAGCCUGGAGCAAAUGAGCAAAUGA